UUUUUCCAUUUUAGGCAAAAAAGGAAGCCAGAACCCUCUUCUUCUCCUUCUAUCUCUCCUUGCCAAUUCUGGAACUCCAUUUUUGAAAAUCCCACUUUUCUCCCUCAAAUCCCCAAAACCCCCUAAUUAUUCGAAACCCUAGGCAUUUCUCUUCUCCCCAUCGCACAUUACACAACACAAUCAUCACCUACACAAACCUCUAUGUAUAUACACAUUUGAUGAUUUGAUCCAACCAGAACAAUUUUACGAUUUUGCCCCGCCGGAAAAUGGCGUCAACGAAGCUGAUGGCUUCAUCGGCCUCGCGAAAUUCCGAUCGAAGGACAUCGUCGGCUGCCUCGUCGUCUUCAUCCUCUACGAUACCGAAUGAUUUGCACAAUCAGCAGUAUUCGAAUAACGGGAGUAAUAAUAGUAGUAAUUUGGAGGCGACUUCCAUGACGGUUGAUGGAAUUUUCCGUAAUGUGUAUGGGGAAGGUCAGGGGACGGAGACUAAUACUUUGUUGAAUGCAAAUAUUACGUUACUUGAUGCUGUUGGAGCGAUAACGCCGAUCAGUGAUUCCGAGACAGCGACGGUGAGUGGGGUACCUUUGGUUAGGAGGACGGUGGAUGAUGUGUGGAGGGAAAUUGUGGAGGGGAAGAGGGAGCAGAGAAGAGCGGAAGUUGCCGGCUGUAAGGAGGAGGCAGUGGAUGAAAUCAUGACGCUGGAGGAUUUUCUGGUGAAAGCUGGAGCAGUUGAGGAGGAGGCACUGGCUGGGCAGGGGCCAGUGCAAGGUGAGGUGAAGGUUGAACUAGGAACUGAGAGGUUGAGUGGUGGAAUUUUUGCAUUUGAUUCCCCAUACAUGGCCACACCGCAGCAGAGCGUGCAAGGAUAUGGAAAUGGAAUGGAUGUGAUUGGAGGUGGGAGAGGGAAGAGGAAAACCAUUUUGGAACCUUUAGAUAAGGCGACUCUGCAGAGGCAGCGGAGGAUGAUUAAGAACAGAGAGUCAGCUGCCCGGUCUAGAGAGCGGAAACAGGCUUAUCAAGUGGAACUUGAGUCAAUAGCAGUUAGAUUAGAGGAGGAGAAUGAACAGCUGUUGAAAGAGAAGGUGAACAAGGAGAAUGGUUGAGGAGGGGAAAGUCUUCCUUAUGUGAACUUGAUGAAAAUCAAUCUUCAUGACUUUUGGUAAAAAAAAGAUGAGCACUUUAUUAUAAAAACAUUCCCAAGUAAAAAGAAAAAUUGAGAGUGGGAUUCUCCAGUAGUGCUGCAGGUGCAGGAUGCUACUUCUAAGAGGAUGAUAUAGUGAUAUUUUGUUUCAUCUAUUCCAAAGAUUUUAGUUCAAAGUAUGAUCUUUCUGAUGGACUAUAUCCUACCAUCUGGAUUGUCGUGCUUAUCAAUCAUUUACAAGUACUUAUUGUGGCAAAUUGUUGGUUACAGUUCUCGAAGGGAAUUGAGUAUUAUUAUUUGCAAAAAACAAAAAAAAAAACCAUAUUUUUUGUCUUGUGUUCUCGAUGGCUGUAUGUCAUAGUAAAAACACGCUUUUAUGUUAGGAUGUUCUAUAUAAACUUGUAAGUCAUAUGAAAUGGUGGCAAAGGAAAUGUCAUAAUUUCUAUUUAAGGGUCGUUUCACGAACUAGUUAUGUAGGGACUACAAUACAAGGAUCGUAAUGCGACAAUUAAUAUGUAGAGCUUGUUAUGGGAUGAAUAAUGCAGGGAUUUUCCUACAAUGAAUAAU